AUGGCACAAGGAAGAGGAAGGACUCCAAUGAUUCUAUUGCUGGUAACACUGUGUCUGCAAAUCUUCACUGGUCAAUGUCAAGAUUCAGGGCUGCCCUCUGAUCUGAAGAUUGUUCUGGUGGGUAAGACUGGAGUGGGGAAGAGUGCAACAGGAAACACUAUCCUGGGGAGAGAGGUGUUUAAAGUGGAGGCCAACGCUGAUUCUGUCACUGCAAAGUGUGAGAAAGGGAGUGAAGAGGUGGAUGGGAUGAAGAUCGAUGUGAUUGACACGCCAGGACUCUUUGACACAACAAUGAGUGUAGAUCAAAUGAAAAGUGAACUAGAAAGAUGCAUCUACAUGUCAGUUCCAGGACCCCAUGUGUUCCUGCUGGUGAUCAGGCUGGGGAGGUUCACAGAGGAGGAAAGGAACGCUGUGAAGUGGAUCCAGGAGAACUUUGGGGAAGAUGCCUCAAUGUACACCAUGGUGCUGUUCACUGGUGAAGAUCAGAUAGGAAGCAAAUCAGUUUCUGAGUUUCUGAAAGAGAGCAAGGAGCUGCGGAAACUUGUUACAAGCUGUGGGAACAGAUAUCACUCAAUCAGCAACGUCAAGAGAAAGAACUACACUCAGGUCAGAGAGCUACUGAGGAAGAUAGAGCAGAUAGUGGAGGGUAAUGGAGGAAAGCACUACACCUUUGAGGUUUAUGAGACGGCACAGGAAAAGAUCAGAGAAGAGGUGUUGAAAUACUGUCAAGGGGCAGCACUUGGUGGGGCAGCUGACCAGGAUUAA